ACUUUGCUGAGUGCCUGAGACGCAGUUCUAGUGCUGCGUUCAAUACGUUGAUAACGUAAAAAACCAACCCAUCUUCUGUGGUAUCACCAUAAACUCUGACGAAUAGGUUCUAGUUGGACAGAAGAAAAAAGACAGCAUGGCCACCAUAAUCAGUCAGUGUCUACGUGUUGCUAUUUGCGUCGUUCUCUUUUCAAAUUCAUCGUGGGCGAGAAGCGAGAACGAUGUACCAGUGUUGUGCCCAGCUGUAGCUCCUGGUAUUUUUGGUGAUUUGACCCAGCAUUAUGGCUGUUAUCUACCAGGUGUAGAUGUGUUUGAGGACAAAAUGAAACCAAUUAAACCAUCAGACAUGUCCAGGCUUAAGCCAGGAGUCCUACCUCGAACAGAAUCAUUGCCACCCAUGUGGUUGAAAGAAAUUUCAAGCCAUUUGUUGAAUUCUACUCGUCUGAUUAACAACCUCCACCAAGAAGGAAGUCCAAAACUUGAUGAUGGCGACACAGAAUGUGAUGGAAGUUGUCCUUCGUCACCCUCGUGGGUACCUCAGUGCUGCCGAGCUGAAACUCGAUUGGUGUACCCACUGUAUGGUCGCUCGCUCACCACCGAUCGAUUGGUGCCUAUCGCCCAGGAGUUGAACCCCAAUGGGAUCCAGCAGCCGGUCGUCUACCGCCACUGCCUGUCGGAGGCAACAGAAUUGGUGCACGGUCGCUGCCACCAGAGCACUUUGCCUCGUCUUUUUUUUAUACCCACGUCCGGAGGUUAUCCGUACCGACAGGAUUUGAUUCUCGUUCCCAACAACUGCGAAUGCCUUGUCACUUUAGGCCGAAAAAUUGAGAACAAUUUGGACGAAUCGGACAAGCAAGACGCUCCCGAUAGCACCACGCCUGCCACUUUGUUGCCUUUAAACGAAGGUUCUGGCAUGGGUGGUGUCGAGAGCAGUCCAGACUUGGCCAUGGUUCGGGAUGAGCAACUGAUCCUGCAUCAUCGGAAUUUUUGAUCGCAUCGUCAGUGUCGGGUACCUACUUUUAUAAACGACACCAUCGACAAGCGCUCUGACUUGCCGUCACUACUCACAUUGUUGUUCAGUUUCUUCUCUCCCCAAUCCUUUUGUUGUUCGUCCUCACGUCCCUGUCUUGCUCUCAAUAGAUCGUUACAUACAAACAGGCUAAUGCGA